AUAUAUGAAACAAUGGGUAUGAGCAGUACCACCUUGUUGGCUGAAGUGUUCAUACCUGUUCCUGAGACUACAGUUCUGACAGGCAAUGCUCCUUUGGAAGAAAUAGAGUUCAGCAGCAAUCAGCGUGUGAUGUUGGACCAUGAAGGAGUUGGGAGUGGUGUGUCCUUUUCAUUUGAAGCUGAUGGUAGCAACAAAAUGUCUUUAAUGACCUCUGGGAAAGUAUCCAAUAGUGUCUCUUGGGCAGUUGGAGAAAAAGGAAUCCCCUUAAUUCCUCCAGUAUCCCAGCAAAACACAGGCAUACCAAGUGCUUUAAAAAUUACUGAUGCAAUUGCAUCCAUUGGUACAUCGGGCUUAACUGACAUGAAAAAACUAGCUAAGUGGGCAGCGGAAGCAAAACUUGAUCCAAAUGACCCAAACAAUGCAGCUCUGAUGCAGCUGAUCAAGGUUGCCACAAGUGGAGAAGCACACAUUCCUGAUUUCUUCAGAUUGGAACAGUUGCAGCAAGAAUUUAAUUUUGUUUCUGAUGAGGAAUUUAAUAGAUCAAAGAGAUUCCGACUCUUGCAGCUCAGAAGUGGAGAAGUGGCAGAGUUCCGAAACUAUAAGCAAGUCCCCUUACAUGAACGAGAAAUCAGUGAGAAAAUCUUCCAGGACUAUGAGAAGAGACUGCAAGAGAGGGAUGUGAUUGACAGCAAAAAUUAUCUAGAUGCACACAGAGCAGUUGUUGCCAACUAUCUACAGAAGGUUCGAGAGUCAGUAAUAAACCGUUUCCUCAUAGCAAAACACCAUUUCCUUCUCUCUGACCUUGUCAAUGAAGAAGAGAUUCCCAGCCUGGGUUCUGAGGGUCCAGGUAUUUUGGGACUCAGCCUCUUUAAACUGGCAGAGCCAAAACGACCAUUAAAGCCAAGAAGAAAAGAAAGGAAGAAGGUCACAGCACAGAAUUUAUCAGAUGGAGACAUAAAACUGUUAGUGAACGUCAUUAGAGCUUAUGAUAUUCCAGUGAGAAAACCAGUGAUGAGCAAACUUCAACAGCCAUACAAAUCUUCAAGGUCCUUCAAUGAGAUGUUUGCAGUCUCUUCAUCAGCUCAGAGCCCAGCUGAUAGCCCAGAUUGGGCAUUCAACCAGGUUUUAGUCCGUCCUUUUAUAGAAGUUUCUUUUCAGCGAACAGUCUGCCGUACAACAACAGCAGAGGGUCCAAACCCCAACUGGAAUGAGGAACUUGAGCUUCCAUUUAGAGCUCCUAAUAGUGACUACAGCACCCACAGUUUGCAGUCAGUGAAGGAUGAAGUCUUCAUUAAUGUUUUUGAUGAAGUACUUCACGAUGCUGUAGAGCAUGAUCCUGAAAGAGGAAGUGGAAUCCGCACUCAUGUUGAGAGACGCUGGCUGGGAUGUGUGAAGAUACCAUUUACUACCAUAUAUUUUCAAGCAAGGAUUGAUGGUACGUUUAAGGUGAAUAUUCCUCCAGUCCUCCUUGGCUACAGCAAAGAAAAGAACCUGGGAAUGGAGAGAGGUUAUGAUUCUGUGCGAAAUCUGAGUGAGGGCUCGUAUCUAACACUGUUUAUUACCAUUGAACCACAGCUCAUUCCUGGAGAGUCAGUCAGAGAAAAGAUGAAUGAAAUGCUUAAGAAGUUUGAUACCCAAGAAGAUGAGAAAUUGCUCCAGUCAGCAGAAAAGUAUGAAGCUGAAUGUACAUCAAAGUUUCCAAGCCGCCAGUGCCUAACAACUGUAAUUGACCUCACUGGGAAAACAGUUUUUAUUACCAGAUACCUCAGACCUCUGAAUCCACCCCAGGAGCUUCUUGAUGCUGUCCCAAAUGGUUCUCAAACAGCAGCAGAAUUGGUGGCUCGGUAUGUUGCUUUGAUUCCUUUCUUGCCAGAUAGCGUGUCAUUUGCUGGAAUUUGUGAUUUGUGGAGUACAUCAGACCAAUUUCUUUAUCUUCUGGCGGGAGAUGAGGAAGAACACGCCGUGCUCUUGUGCAAUUAUUUUCUUGGUAUGGGGAAAAAAGCCUGGCUUAUCAUUGGAAAUGCUAUUCCUGAGGGGCCAACAGCAUAUGUAUUAACUUUGGAACAAAGCCAGUAUGUAAUUUGGAAUCCCAGUACUGGAUGUUUUUAUGGGCAGUAUGAUACUUUCUGCCCCUUACAAAACGUGUCCUGUCUGAUCAGCUGUGAUAAUAUUUGGUUUAAUAUGCAAGAAUAUGAUUCCCCAGUAAGGAUAAGUUUUGAUAUCAGCAAACCAAAACUUUGGAAGUCUUUCUUUUCAAGAAGCUUGCCCUACCCUGGUCUCCACAGCAUUCAGCCCGAAGAAUUAGUUUACCAGCAUUCGGACAAGGCUGCUGCAGCGGAACUACAGGGCAGGAUUGAAAAAAUACUAAAAGAUAAGAUUAUGGAAUGGAGACCAAGGCAUCUGACUCGCUGGAACAGAUACUGUACCUCUACCCUACGUAACUUUCUGCCACUGCUGGAACAAAACCAAGGCAAAGAUAUAGAAGACGACCAUCAGGCAGAGCUGCAGAAACAGCUAGGAGAUUACAGGGUCUCUGGAUUUCCUAUUCAUAUGCCAUUUUCUGAAGUCGGACCUUUGAUAGAAGCUGUACACAGCACAGGAGUUCAUACCAUUGAUGUCUCCAAUGUCGAAUUUGCUCUAGCUGUGUAUAUUCAUGCUUAUCCCCAAAAUGUUCUCUCUGUAUGGAUUUACAUUGCUUCACUUGUUCGAAAUAGGUAG